UGCUAAAUGUGUAACCCUCGCUUUAUACACUACGAGUACACGACAUGAUGUCUACGGUUCCCACAGACAACUUAUCGGAUGGUCCAUAUUUUCCCAUUCCGUCACCAUACAGCCGAUUAUGCAGUUUGUGUUUGAUCCCAUCGUUUUUCACAACCAUAACGUGUACAUUGCUCUUUAUUGAUAUUUUGUGUACAUUGUAGUUUAUGUAAUAAUGGACGAUAAUUAUCUUCAGUGAAUCACUGCGAUACUGUAUAUAGUGUCCAGUCCCAUCUGUAGUUAAUAACCUGAAUGCUUAUUGAGUUCGGAUGAGACAUACAAACUGUUAAUAUUUCGAAAGUUUCAACACGUGUGCAAUUAUUAAUACUAAUAACACCCAAAUGUCAUGUUCAUACAGAUGAAAUAAAUAUUUUAUUUGAUCGACGCAGCGUUUGGUCACUUCAUUGUACAGCCCUAUCCAGUCUCAUAACCUAAUUAAUCUUAUCGAUCAGAGCACAGAGCGCCCAUUGGGUAUCGAGUGAUUAACGUACUUUAAUCAUAAUAUUAUUUUACUUAUUUGUCUUCCGUAUGCACGACUGGCAAGCUAAAGACAGUAGUAAUUUUGGAUCCGAUUGUACCGACCAGUUUCUCAACCUAACCUUAAACCGUGUUAAAAGUAUCUGAGUACUGUCUGCAGAGUAUCGGUCGUUGAGAGAAGCCAAAGUGCUGAAGCGUUAAACAUGUCGCGAUUCCUUGUUCAAAGAGCCUCGCUCUUGGUUAAUUCGUUCAAAAAUGUAUCACGGGUGUUUCUUAUCCCUGUGAGGAAUUUGAACCUUCUUGAAUAUCAGAGUAAAUUACUACUAAGAGACAGCGGUGUGUCUGUACAAAAUUUCGCUAUAGUCGACGACUUGAAAUAUGCCCCAGAAGUCUUAAACAAAUUCAAUGCGGCUGAAUACGUGGUAAAGGCUCAAAUUCUGGCAGGAGGGAGGGGUAAAGGUCACUUUGAUAAUGGAUUCAAGGGUGGUGUACACAUCACUAAAGAACACGAGAAGCUUCUGGAAAUUGUAAAGAACAUGUUGGGGCAUCGUUUAAUAACAAAACAGACGCCCAAGGAUGGGAUUGUGGUGAAUAAAGUGAUGGUUGCCGAAUCGGUUGACAUCGUGAAGGAGACAUACGUUUGUAUUUUAAUGGAUAGGCAGCAUAACGGUCCGGUAUUGAUAGCCUCUCCAGCAGGUGGAAUGGACAUUGAAGCGGUUGCUGAAAAAACACCGGAUUUAAUAAAGACCAUACCACUUGACAUUUACGAGGGAAUUACAGAGAGCAUUGCCAAAGAAGUAGCAAAUUUCUUAGGUUUUGGAGAUAAGUUGUUGCUGGAUAAAACUGUUGCUGAAUUGAGGAAUUUGUGGAAGUUGUUUGUUGACAUAGAUGCGCUGCAGAUCGAGAUAAAUCCUUUGGUAGAAACCAAGGAUAAGCAAAUCAUCGCUGUUGAUGCUAAAAUAUCGUUUGACGACAACGCUCAGUACAGGCAGCAAGACAUAUUCUCUUUGGACGACGCUGGCGAAGAUGAUCCGAGAGAAGUAGAGGCGUCGAAGUUCAGCUUGAAUUACAUCGGAAUGGACGGAAAUAUUGGAUGCCUUGUUAACGGAGCUGGGCUAGCCAUGGCAACUAUGGAUAUAAUUAAGUUAAACGGGGGAACGCCAGCUAAUUUCUUGGACGUUGGAGGUAGCGUUAAGGAAGAUCAAGUAUAUCAAGCUUUCCGAAUUCUCACUGAAGAUGCCAAGGUGGAAGCUAUUCUUGUCAACGUUUUCGGCGGUAUAGUAAACUGCGCAACGAUAGCCAAUGGAAUUGUGGGAGCGGCUCGUAAUCUUGGCUUGAAAAUUCCACUUGUAGUCAGAUUGGAAGGUACGAAUGUUAUGGAAGCCAGAAAAAUACUUGCGGAAUCUGGGUUACCGAUUCUUUCAGCUUCCGAUCUGGAUGAGGCUGCUAAAAAAGCCGUCGCGGCGAUAAGACAAUAGGCAUAGCCGUCCACCAUCGACGUUUAUCGAUAAAUUUCCUUGUUCAAGACUGUGUAACUUGUACCUUUGCUCAAUUAUAGUAACAUUUCACGUGAUGUACAAUGCCGUAGCUGUACAUACCUGUAAUAAAAUUAUACCAUGAAUGAUAUAUGUCGGUGUUUACGAAGUUGUAAGUGGUGUAAGAAUCAAAGAAGAGAGUGGAAAAGUUUUAUAAUUAGUAGAGGAGUGUGAAUACUGAUAGUAGUCGUUAAUCUAUUCAGAAUUUUCCAUUGGAUGCUGAUAUAGAAGCAAUGAUUUAUACUGUAAAUGCAUUUUUAUUGAAAUAAAGUUUGCUUGAAAAUGA